CUGCAGGCCCCAACACAUGGGGCUACAUCCCAUUAUUUAUAUUAAGUAGCCUAUAUAAAAUUCAAACUGUGAUGAGAAAAGUGUGUUAUUGCUAUUAUCUGGAUAACUGUUUACUUUUUGAUCAAAACAUGCACUGAACUUUUCUCCAUGUUCUUCUGUUUAGCAUUUGAUUCACUGAGUUUUGAUCAGCUAACCCCAUGAUUCAAAGCUACAACGAAAGGAAAUUAAAUAUUGUUUGACUAAUGUGUUUCUCUUCCAGGUGUCAUACAUAUUGUGAACCCUAGUCGAUGGAUUUAUUACCUUUAAUACAAGAAUAUUUUACCUGUACUUUCUCCAUAGGCUAGAAAUCUUGAAGCAUGGGCGACUGGAGCUUUCUGGGGCGGCUGUUGGAGAACGCUCAGGAGCACUCAACGGUCAUCGGCAAAGUCUGGCUGACUGUCCUCUUCAUCUUCAGGAUCCUGGUGCUGGGGGCUGCGGCUGAAGAGGUCUGGGGCGAUGAGCAGUCUGACUUCACCUGUAACACCCAACAGCCUGGUUGCGAGAACGUCUGCUAUGAUGAGGCGUUCCCCAUCUCACAUAUCCGCUUCUGGGUGCUGCAGAUCAUCUUCGUGUCCACACCGACUCUUAUCUACCUGGGCCACGUGCUACACAUCGUCCGCAUGGAGGAGAAGCGGAAAGAGAAGGAAGAGGAGAUGCGCAAAGCAAACAGGUUCCAAGAGGAGAAAGAACUCCUUUAUAGAAAUGGUGGCGAUGCUAGAGGAGGAGGAGGCGGCAAGAAGCAGAAGCCACCAAUCAGGGACGAGCAUGGCAAAAUUCGUAUCAGAGGUGCAUUGCUGCGUACCUAUGUGUUCAACAUUAUUUUCAAGACCCUGUUUGAAGUGGGAUUCAUUUUGGGCCAGUAUUUACUCUAUGGCUUCCAGCUGAGGCCCCUGUACAAGUGUGCACGUUGGCCCUGCCCCAACACCGUUGACUGCUUCAUAUCGAGGCCCACUGAAAAGACUAUUUUUAUUAUAUUUAUGCUUGUGGUGGCUUGCGUGUCUCUUUUGCUGAAUUUGUUAGAGAUCUAUCACCUUGGAUGGAAGAAAGUUAAACAGGGCAUGACAAAUGAGUUUGCCCCCGAACAUGAGUCGCUGCGCCGCGUCGACAUUGCAGAGCCUGAGUGUUUGGCCUCGGCCUCCAGAACUGCCCCUUCCAGCCUCAGUUACCCUCCUAACUACACAGAUGUGACGGCAGGCAGCGGGGCGUUCCUGCCGCCCAUGGGGCCGGCAGCCGUGCCCUCAGCAGCAGAGUUCAAAAUGGACGACCUCCAGCAGGAGGAGUCCCUCCGCCAGCCCUCCCCCUCUUCCCACUACUACAUCAGCAACAACAACAAUCACAGGCUGGCCACGCAGCAGAACUGGGCCAACCUGGCCACCGAGCAGCAGACUCGGGAGAUGAAGGCCACCUCCCCCUCCCCAUCCUCCUCUUCCUCCACCAGCACCGAGAAUGGGCAGCAGCAGCAGCAGCAGCCCAUCAAUGCUGCACUGCCCCUUCCAACCAGCAACACCACCAGUAACACCAACAUCACCAACACAACUGCCACUGCGGCCUCCAGCAGCAGCAGCCCUGGCACCGCCUCUAACGCAGGCAGCUGGAGUGGGGGCAAGAGCGAGCAGGAGGAAGGCCACGUCACCACCACCACAGUGGAGAUGCACAAGCCUCCAGUAACGGUCAGCACAGACCCUCGGCGGCUCAGUCGGGCCAGCAAGAGCAGCAGCAUCAGGGCCAGGCCAAGCGACCUGGCUGUCUAAAUCUCUUAAGCCCUUUCAUGUCCCUUAACCCUCCCUGACCAACACCCCGCUUCCUCCAACCCCAAUCCCCAAACACAGUGAUUCUCAGACAAAAAAAUAUCACAUGCAUAAAGCAAAAAAAAACAAAAAAGAAAGAAAAAAAAAAGAAUUCAAGGCGACAAGAGACAGGAAAACAGAACGGCAGAAAAUGUUUAGGCAAAUGUGAAAUGACUUGAUCAGCAGCCGCCAUUGAUUUAGUGCAAUCGGUGAGUUGCAGAGUAGUUAAGGCAAGUUUUGUUUGGAUGGGCAUAAUUGAUGCACACAAAAUGUGAUCAGGCAGUGUAAUGAAGUCAGAAGGCUCCGCUCACAGCGGUAGAUGGAGCGAAGGACAUUGUGAUGUCAUAAUUUUUCAUCAAAAUGAGCACAUCUCACGUGUCUCAUUAACGAGUUUGGCUUGGGGGAGAGAUUUUAUGGUGUUUCUCUAUUUAUCUUCUUUUUGUCGAGCCUAAAGGACUAACUAUUCCAAAUGAAAAUCAACAUGGUCAGAUAACUGGAUAUAUUUUAUUUUAUCUGGUGAGAGCGCAGGAGGCUGGCAUUGUCGUACAGAUCAGUGAUUUGAUGUGUAGCCAGACAAUUCACUGAUAUCUUGAUCAUCAUUUUUACCUGGUUUCACAGUGAAAUUGGCAGCGCAAACAUGCACUGCGUGUUGCACUACAUGUCAAUAGCCUGUUCCAGCACUGUUCCUUGGACCUGGAAGGUCUUUCGCAGCAGCACUUCCUGAAUUUUACCAAACAAACACCUGUUGUGUUAAACAUCAUUCAUCCACAAAGACAUUACAUGUAUUGUGUGCCUGUAGUUGUGCAUGCCAGUAUGUGGAGCCCUACAACUCACCGAUUCAUUGACAAAUUCACAUAGUAAAGUUGGCUAGCUUGGUUUUUCCCAUGAUCCACUGCAUCACCUCCAACAGAGAUGGAAUGGAUAGAAAUGGACUGAUGUGAUAUGCCCAGAGUCCUCAGAAAAACUGCUGGUAAAAGUCAUCCCCUUGAUUCCCAGGAUGUACGUGGGUCUCUACGAACACUGCAUUGUCAAAAACAUAGAGAUCAAAACGUUCCCACCAUGCUGUUAGUUUACAAAAGAGGAAAAUAGGAGCAGAGUCCCUUACGCCUGCCUCUGUCAGCGUCGCCUUCAGUCAGCAUGUCUGAAAAGAAAAAAAGUUCUCCACUAACUGCACAAAUGAGAAGACAUUGCUUUCAAACAAUCUUGGAAAUAUUGUGCAUAUACAUUGCAGACACCAUCUUAUAUAAAGAAUAACAAAUUCUCCUUGUUCAUUCAGAAAAACAACCCCCCAAAGCUCCUAGGUUAGACUUGAAACUGCUUUUUUUUGUGUUCACCCUCAAACCUCAUUUUAAUCAACACACCUAAAGAUUGAGAGCAACUUUGCAAAUGAUUUUCACCAUCACACAUUUCAUGUGCUUCUUCAUUGGUUUUAUUCUGAAAAGUGCUAUUUUUUUAAAACUGAAUUGAAUUUUACUUAUAAAUUGCAUACUUGUAGUAGUCAGUUUGUGAUUGCGAAACAGUUACAAUUAAAAAAGACUAAAUGACUGGCGUUGCGAGUAUCAAAACGCCAUGGUGCAGUCGACCUUGACGGCUUCCAUUUUGUUGUGUUCAUCUUGAUUCUUAGAGAACUUUAGAAACCCAAACUUUUAACUGAAUUCAUCAGCAGCUGCAGUCCUCUGUCUCUGUCGUGUUACUGUGCUGUUUGUUUGAUUUUUGUUUUUCAACAACCUUAAUCCACUGUAUUAUCCUGUGAGUUCACCUCUGGGGCAGAGUUGCAAAUACACACUGUUUACACACUGUUUUCACUGUGUGAAAACUCAGUAAUCUGCAUUGGACAUAUUGCACUCACAGGGCAACCAACACGAUUAACUACUAAUAUGUUUGUGCACAGUAUUUUAUAAGAACAGUACUUUUCCAGCAGUUAAUGUGCAGGUUAAUACACUGGAGUAAGAGCAAUGUA